UCUUCUCUCUCUGACAACAAAGUUUCUUGUUGCGCCAAACAAACCGCGUCAAAAAUCUUUGCAAAUUGCGAAACUUUCUGCAAAUUCUCUCAUACCCAGAAGACAAGAAUUUUUUUUGUUUUUUGGUUUAAUUUUUCUUGCAAAAAUUCCCCAGUUUCUUCAAUCUUCGAACUGCAAAAAUGCCGUCCCAACAGCUUCUUCCCGUAACGAACCGCUAUUUUGAUUCACCCACUUCUUCGGUCUCCGGUUCUCCUCCUUCAAUGGCAGCUGUUCUACUGAAAAUAGAGGAUGACCCAUCAACUGGGCUAUACGUAUCUCCGUCUUUCGAUGAUGACAAGAACGCAUCCAUGAAACCUCUUCUCCCUAGAGCUUCUAGUUAUACUAGCAUUUCCACUACCACAACUGCCUCUAACAAUAACUACCAGCAGCGACGCCGGCGGAUCAACAGUGACAAUUCUCUUCCCACCCUCUCCAGCACCAGGGUUGGCGGCCGCCGGGAAUCUUUAGGACGAGAUGAGACAGCCGCUGAAGAAGCGUUCGUUCUCACCCGCUUAAGUUUGAAGCUUUUGAGAUAUCUUGGGGUAGGCUACAGAUGGAUAACAAGAUUUCUUGCCCUUGGUUGUUAUGCAUUUUUUCUUAUGCCAGGUUUCCUCCAAGUUGGAUAUUACUAUUUCUUUUCCAGUCAGGUUCGUAGAGGUAUAGUUUAUGGUGAUCAUCCAAGAAAUAGGCUGGAUCUAUACCUACCCAAAGAUAGCGAAGGACAAAAACCAGUCAUUGCAUUUGUAACUGGUGGAGCCUGGAUUAUUGGCUAUAAAGCAUGGGGUUCUCUUUUAGGACAACAGUUAUCCGAAAGAGACAUCAUAGUCGCAUGUAUCGAUUACAGGAAUUUCCCUCAGGGAACUAUCAGUGACAUGGUAAACGAUGCUUCUCAAGGUAUCUCAUUUGUAUGCAAUCAUAUUGCUGAAUACGGAGGUGAUCCUAAUAGGAUUUAUCUAAUGGGACAGUCAGCCGGUGCUCAUAUUGCUGCGUGCACACUGCUAGAACAGGCGAUCAAGGAGGCUGGGGAAGGGGAGAGAAUUUCUUGGAGUAUUUCCCAGAUAAAGGCAUACUUUGGGUUGUCUGGAGGGUAUAAUUUGCUUGAUUUGGUAGAUCACUUCCAUAAUCGAGGUCUGUACCGUUCCAUCUUUCUAAGCAUAAUGGAAGGGGAACAAUCCCUUCAACGAUUUUCUCCUGAAAUAUUGGCACGUGACCCUAACAUUAGAACUGCAGUUUCUCGCCUGCCUCCUAUUAUUUUAUUUCAUGGUACUGGAGACUAUUCAAUACCAUCAGAUGCAAGCAAGAAUUUUGCAGAAACACUUAAAAGGGCUGGAGUUAAAGCUGAAGCAAUUUUGUAUGAAGGGAAGACUCAUACAGAUUUGUUUCUUCAGGAUCCAAUGAGAGGUGGUUCAGAUCAGAUGUUUGAAGAUUUAAUAGCAAUUGUUCACGCCAAUGACCCAGAUGCCAUUGCUAAAGAUGCUACGGCUCCUCCAAGAAGACGUCUUGUUCCUGAAUUCCUCUUGAAGUUGGCUCACAAUGUCAGCCCUUUCUAGUUCUAAGUUCUAACCAUUUUUUGUAAGAAAAACUAUUAUAUGAUAUUAAUUCAAUCUACUUUUUUGUACAUAUCUCACAGAUAAUUUUAGUCUCUCUCAUUUUUGAGGUCAA